ACGAACAUUGCCGAACGUUUCCGAAGGUGACGAUGUGCGCACGACCGAAGGGGACCAGAAAUGAGUGUCUGUGCGCGAGUGCUAAACUGAGCGGAGGUGAAGAAGAGGAGGAUGAAGCUUAGAGGGGAGGAUGAGAGGAAGAGUAUAGAAAGAGACGAGCUAACUAAGUAUCAAUGAGUGAGUGAAUGAGGAAGAAAAGAUUCGGGUCAUCCGAAGGGCCGAAUUAAGGACUUUGGUGUUUUUGGACGACCUCCUCCGCUUUAAUAACGGAAACUUUCAACUUUUACCCGCGGCAGCUCGGUCUGUUGUGCCUGGAACCGGCUUUGUUUCACAACGGGGGUGUCUACGAUAAAUGAAGGAAUAAAAUAACCCCCCGGUGAUAUUUCAACCCGAGAGGGGGAUACCCUGGGACUGAUUUUGAUAAAGUUAGAAGAGGAUGGCGGCCAACAUGUACCGAGUGGGAGACUAUGUGUACUUUGAGAAUUCCUCCAGUAACCCUUAUCUGAUUCGGAGAAUAGAAGAACUCAAUAAGACAGCCAAUGGGAACGUUGAAGCAAAAGUGGUGUGUCUGUUCAGAAGACGAGACAUCUCAGGCAACCUCAACACUCUGGCUGACAGUAACGCAAGGGAGUUUGAGGAAGAGUCGAACCAGCCCAGCCUGACUGAGCAGCAGAAGCACCAGCUCAAACACAGGGAGCUGUUCUUGUCCCGACAGUUUGAAUCCCUACCUGCCACUCACAUACGAGGAAAAUGUAACGUGACCCUCCUCAAUGAAACGGACGUCCUGGCCGGUUACUUGGAUAAAGAAGACUGCUUCUUCUACUCGUUGGUGUUCGACCCAGUGCAGAAGACGCUAUUGGCAGACCAGGGGGAAAUACGCGUAGGCUCCAAAUACCAGGCAGAGAUCCCCGACAUGCUAGCGGAAGAUGAAUCUGAUACACGAGUCCAGGAGAAGCUAGAGACGAAGGUGUGGGACCCCGACAACCAGCUCAAAGAUCCACAGAUUGACCAGUUCUUGGUAGUGGCCAGGGCUGUUGGUACUUUUGCUCGAGCUCUGGACUGCAGCAGUUCCAUCCGUCAGCCCAGCCUCCACAUGAGCGCAGCUGCAGCCUCCAGAGACAUAACACUGUUUCAUGCCAUGGACACGCUGCAGAAGAACAACUACGACCUGGCUAAGGCCAUGUCCACGCUCGUGCCUCAGGGAGGCCCGGUUCUGUGUCGGGAUGAAAUGGAGGAAUGGAGCGCGUCUGAAGCCAUGCUGUUUGAAGAGGCUCUAGAAAAAUAUGGCAAAGACUUCAAUGACAUUCGCCAAGAUUUUCUUCCCUGGAAGUCUCUUGCAAGUGUAGUACAGUUCUACUACAUGUGGAAGACCACUGACCGCUACAUCCAACAGAAGCGACUAAAAGCAGCAGAGGCCGACAGCAAGCUCAAACAAGUGUACAUACCGACCUAUACCAAACCCAACCCCAACCAGAUCAUGGUGCCAGGCAGUAAGCCUGGGAUGAAUGGAGCAGCAGGCUUUCAGAAAGGGCUGAGCUGUGAGAGCUGCCACACGGCUCAGUCUCCUCAGUGGUAUGCGUGGGGUCCUCCAAACAUGCAGUGCAGACUGUGUGCUUCCUGCUGGAUCUACUGGAAAAAAUAUGGAGGCCUGAAGACCCCCACUCAACUAGAGGGAGCAGCGAGAGCUGGCUCUGAGUCAGGCCCGCGCGCCCACAUGACCCGCCAAGAAGUUCAGGGCAUGUCCCCUUUCACUCGCAACGAGGGCCGAGCCAAGCUGCUGGCCAAGAACCGCCAAACAUUUAUCCUCCAGACCACAAAGUUGACCCGCGUGGCGCGGCGAGUGUGUGAGGACAUUCUGCAGCCACGCCGCGCUGCACGCCGACCCUACGCCCCCAUCAAUGCGAACGCAGUCAAAGCUGAGUGUAUGAUCCGCCUGCCCAAAGCCACAAAGACCCCUUCAAAGAGCAAGUCUGUACCCCGACAGUCACUAGCCAACAUAGUAAAAGAGUUAGCCAUUUCUGCUCCGCUGAAGCUGAAGGCGUCCAGAGGACCGCCAACCCCCAUCAACAGGAACCAGGCCAGCCAGCCUCGAGUAGCUCAAAGCCUGCUGGGAAAGAGAGGCUUCGACAGCGCUGCAGGAGGAGCUUUCCCGGCCAAUGGAAGGCCGUAUACAUCAGGUAUGAGAACCACUUCCCAGUCAGUCAUCAAGCGGCAGAAGGUCAGCCAGGGGGAGGCUCCCAACCCUGUUGUGUUCGUUGCCACGAAGGACACCAGGGCCCUGAGGAAGCAUCUGACUCAGUCUGAAAUGCGCCGGGCUGCCAGAAAGCCUCACCUGCUGGUCCGGAUCAAGCUGCCGCCGCCGCCGCCCCGCUCCGUGCCCCUGCUGCCCUCCAGCACCAGCGAGACCAUUGUCCUGGAGGACUAGGGGGGUGGGUUUUAUGAGGGUGGGGGGUUGUGUUCACUUUUGUCUUAUUUCCCUGAUUUUAGUCAUGUUUUUCUUUACCCUUUAUUUCAUCCCCCACUUUUCUAACACACCUUUUCUCUCUCUCACACACACCUUUAAGGUAGAAUAAGCAGAUGCACACCGACCCGUCAGCUGGGGUCUGGAGCGUUUCACUGCAGCUCACACCCCUGUUGAUGUCCCCUCUUUUAAUGUAUAAAUGAAUCGGUGGGAGAGAGCACCUUCAUCCAUGUGUUGUGUGAAGAUCUGACACCGUGAUGCUGGUCACGAGGCAGACGGGAACAUCAAAUGUAUCCCAUCAUGCUUUUCCCUUCAGCGUAUGCAACUGUGGGACAUGCGGACACAGGUCCUUCAGUCACUGUCCAUGCAGUAUUCAGUCGUUUGUAGCCCAGACCACGUCAGGAGGACAGAACCAUGUCACAUAGAUGCAUACUUGGCAUCUCCCUCUGCUUUACAAAUGUCAGAAUAGUGAAUAGAAAAGAGGUUUAGCAAACAAACGUGGAUGUUUGUUAGUGUGCAUAGCAAGUUGUGCAUAUUGAAACAAACUGAGGGCUAAGUGUCGGAUCCUUUCAGUGUUUCCUGCCUGGUGGGUUUCAUCUUUUUGUUGUGAGAUGCUGCAGCCCCAUCACUGAGCUCAGCAAUCAUCUAGAACUGCUCCAGAUUUUGAGUCCAGCUUGUUGUUUUUUGAUGGACUGUCUUAGCUGAUUGUUUUUUUCAUGGCUAGUACAGGUUGUGUUUGGCAGCUCAUUCUUCAUGCCCAGCAGAGCAGAGAAAAUGACUAAAGGAAACCUCGUUUCCAUGCCUGCUUUUGGUACGUUUGCUAAAAAACCCAAAAAUGUCUUCAUCGUUAUUAGAGGUUCCACUUUCCAGGAUGGAAUGAGUUCAGUUUGGAGUCAAACAAACAGUAAUGUGAAACAUUUCUGUACACGUCAAUUUGGGCCAAACAAUGUUUCUCUUGCAUGUUGACCAUGAACUUUUCUGUAGAAGUAAUCAACCAACCCAGAAGCAAUGCUUCUGUCAUUUGAUGUCACAUGAAUGUCCCACCAUCCCAGCUGGUUCUUUAUUUUACUCCACUGCUUGUACAGUUCUUAGAGUCCUAGGAUUCAUUUGUUAACUGGAUGAUCCGAUAUCUGAGGUACCAUCAUUGUAUAAGCAAUUCCACUGAUUUUUUAUAAGUGCACUUGGUCUCUCAAAAUUCAAUCCUCACAGAAGAAAGAAAUUGUCCGUUUGAUUUUUCUAACUGGUUCUGGUUCUGGAUGCUGUAGCUGCAGGUGAACUGAGCCUGCUGAGCAUCAUGACACAUUCAAAGGGACUUUGUGCUGAUUUUUGUAAGUUGGACAGACAAAUGUGCUCGAACUGAAACUUUUGCCCCAGUUUUUAUUAUCCUGUCUGUACCUGGAAAUAUAUCUUGAUAAGAAUAAUAAAGAUUUUCUCCAUGGUUUAA